GAUCUACACUUUAUACGACGUGGUACUUCCCUAAAGCCACGCGCUUUGACACGCACUUUUCAGAAUAAACGAUACAGCUGCAAUUACAGGCAGCCUCGUGGGAAUAAAAGCCAAUAAUAAGGUUCUUCUUGCCUUGCAAAGUUCGAAAUUGGAAAGACCCCUCAGAUUAGCAAAUAAAAUUUCCUAUUUUUGGCUAUCCGUUUGGUUCCAACGUUCACUUUCUCUUCUUUCAUCUCAUUUUGUUCAACACGGACCCAAGGAACCUGAAGAAACUUUGGGUUCCACCUUCUCCUUCCCUUUUCUUCUUUAUCAGCAAAUCAAACCAACGCAGACACAUCAUAAUAUUGUCUGAUCGUAACGUAAUAUAACAUAUAAUGGAUGCUCUGUGUUUACACAGUAGCAUCUGUAAGAUAGCUACGAUUACUGCAACUGCACGCGCAAAUGAUGAUUACGCUUCGCAGUCUCAGGUGAGCGCGGUGGGACGCUCCUCCUUGUUUUCCAGAUUCUCUUUUAGAUACCCUUUGACGUCUUUAUGGCCACAACAACUCACGGGGAAUGCUGCCGGCUACAAUGGUCUCGCCGUCGACGACGCCGUUUUGGCGGAUAAUGAAACUGAAGAAGGAGAGGGACAAAACGGGAAUUGGGUUUUCAAGAUGUUUCAUGCAAGGUCUGUUCGGAGCGGGGAACAGAGGAACGAUGAAGACAAGGUUGUUGUAAAUGUUCUAACGGAUCAAGAAAUGGAGGAGGAAGAGUGUUAUGGCUGUAGGGUUGAUUAUGACGACGACAACAACGAAGACAAAGAAGUAGAAAAUGAAGAGGUUUUGUUCGAUAGAGACUCAUUUUCGAGAAUGCUUCGGAGGGUGUCAUUGCCCGAAGCUAAAUUAUAUGCACGCAUAUCCCACUUGGGCAAUUUGGCAUACUCUAUCCCAAAUAUCAAACCAGGGAUCCUCUUCAAAAACCAUGGUCUGCGUUUUGUCACUUCAUCCAUAGAGAAAAAGAAAUUGGCUGUGGCUGCAGAAAAAAACCAGACAUCGACUGCAGUUCAGAAAGAGGAAACUAACGACGAGGAUGAUGUGGGAGAAACAAAAGACAAAAAGAACGGUGGAUACGUCAUAGGUGCGUGUACUGCAUACGAGACUGCUGUUUCUGCAGCCUCUUAUCUCCAUGCUCAAACAAAGAGCAUACUUUCAUUCCCAUCUUCCAACGCCGAGGAAGGUGAAGGUUCACAUGAAGCAAGCAAAGAAAGCUUUAAAGGAAACAAGAUGACAAAAACGGAGGAAGCAGCUCUGAAAGCAACUACUGAUUCGGUAACAGCAGUUGUUGCUGCAAAUGAGGAUGUAAAACAGGCUUUUGCAGAUGAUUUGAGCUCGACAAGCUCUUCACCCUGUGAAUGGUUCGUAUGCGACGAUGACGAGACUGCUACAAGAUAUUUUGUGAUCCAGGGUUCCGAGUCAUUUGCUUCCUGGAAAGCGAACCUACUAUUUGAGCCAGUUAAAUUCGAGGGUUUGGAUGUCUAUGUGCAUAGAGGUAUAUAUGAGGCUGCAAAAGGGACAUAUCAACAGAUGUUACCAGAAAUUCGUGCUCACCUAAAAUCUCACGAUUCCCGUGCAACUUUCCGUUUCACUGGACAUUCUCUUGGGGGAAGCUUGGCAUUACUCGUAAACCUUAUGCUGUUAAUAAGAAAGGAAGCACCAUUGUCCUCUCUGCUUCCUGUCAUAACGUUUGGCGCCCCAUCCAUCAUGUGUGGAGGUGAUAGUCUUCUUGACAAGCUAGGAUUGCCACGGAGUCAUGUUCAAGCAAUCACAAUGCACAGAGACAUAGUACCACGAGCAUUUUCUUGCAAGUACCCUAACCAUAUUGCAGAACUGCUAAAGGCUCUCAAUGGCAACUUCCGCAAUCAUCCGUGCCUUAAUAACCAGCUAUUGUAUGCACCAAUGGGUGAGCUCUUGAUCCUACAGCCAGACGAGAAAUUUUCGCCAAGUCAUGAUCUUUUGCCCUCAGGCAGUGGCCUAUAUCUUUUGAGUGGUCACUUGUCAGAAUCUAGUGACGCAGUAAAACAGAUCCGGGCAGCAAAGAUGGUGUUCUUGAAUUCACCACACCCACUUGAGAUAUUAAGUGACCGAUCUGCGUAUGGAUCUGGAGGAACCAUUCAGAGAGAUCACGACAUGAAUUCGUACUUGAGAUGUGUGAGAACCGUGGUUCGCCAAGAACUUCACCAGAUUCGCAAGGCAAGGAGAGAGCAAAGGCGGCGAAAGGUGUGGUGGCCACUGGUGGUCCCACGUGGGAGUGAGAGUGCGGCAGUUGGAGGGUCCAUGAUAUCGGUGAAUAUGAUUAACGACCAACCUUCUCUCUUUGGCAUGAUUGAGAGUGGGAGAGAAUCAUUGAAAAGGUUGGGUAGUCUGGUUGCAUCCCAACAGAUACAAUUGUUUGUGGUGCUCCUGUUUCCUGCAAGGUUGUUACUGGUGGGAGCAUGUAGCUUAAUUAGCUUAAGAUGAAGAAGACAUAACCAUUCUUUGUUCUUCAGAUGGGACAGUGUUAGAGAGGGCACAUUGUUGGUGGCACAGUUAGACCAUUCUUUAUUCUUUUCUUUCAAAAUUUAUUGUAUCUCUCUUCAAUAGUAAUUGUGUAGAGAUAUAGUGCCCCACAUAUUUGCAAACACACUUCUCAUUGCUUUGUCCAAUAUACAAACCAUUGAGCAUUAGGUCAAAUCUUCUUUAUUCAUUCAUGUUAGGGCUUUUUUAGGUUCUGUCUGCAGAUGCUGAAACUUAUUCAAACAUUGAAAUUUGACGAUAAAUCACAGGCAAAAGAAUAAUCCCAAACUCAAAAUC